UAUAAGAAAAAUAAUUUCUUACCCAUCCCUACUCGGUUAGCUUAACCGGAGGUGGUGAAACUGACCCUAAGAAAGCAGACUUUUUCUUGUCAUAUCCUUGUCUUUUUCGUUCUAUGGGAAUUGCGUCUGCUAGUUCUAAUAAAUUUGAUUGAUUACAGUUUUCUUGAUUAUUUUUCGUUGAAAGAAUAAAUCCAACAAGACUUCUGAGAAAAAUGAUUGCUGGACGUGCGUUGCAUUUUGUCUUCAAGAUACCUGAUCGUGGAUUAACAGCAAAGUUCUAUCGUGAAAUUCUUGGAAUGAAGGUGCUAAGGCAUGAGGAAUUUGCAGAUGGAUGCGAGGCUGCAUGUAAUGGACCAUAUGCAAAUCGUUGGAGCAAAACAAUGAUAGGGUAUGGCCCUGAAGAUACACAUUUUGUAAUAGAGUUGACAUAUAAUUAUGGAAUUAAGGAAUAUGAAGUAGGAAAUGACUUUAAAGCUAUUACAAUUCGUUCAAAAGACAUUAUUGAAAGAGCACGUGCUAAUAAUUGGCCAAUGCAAGAAGAAAAUGGAAAAUUUGUAAUGCAGGCACCAGGUGGAUAUAAGUAUCAUAUCAUUAAUGAACAACAUUUUGCUGACAAUGAUCCAGUGGAGAAAGUCAUAUUAUCCAGUUCCAAUUUAGAACAUACUAUUGCUUAUUGGAAGGACAUAUUAGGUUUAAAGAUAUUUGAUCAAACAGACAAAAGUGUUCUCAUGGGCUAUAGUGAAGAUCAAGCCAAACUUGAAUUUGAAGAUAUAGGUAUUGAAGUUAACCAUGCAAAAGCAUACGGACGUAUUGCUUUUUCAAUACCAUUUUCAGAGCAGCCAAACAUUCAAAAAGCUAUUAAAGAAAGCGGGAAUAAAAUCUUGACUGACCUUAUAACCUUAGAUACACCAGGAAAAGCUUCUGUCAGAGUUAUUAUUCUUGCUGAUCCAGAUGGGCAUGAGAUCUGUUUUGUAGAUGAUGAAGGAUUUAGACAACUGUCGAUUCCCGAUUAUCCAAGUGAAGUAAUCUUAGAUAGAUAUAUCCAAAAGGAGGCAUCUGGUAUAAUAGAUGCAUAAAUAAUUACUAGCCCGCUAUUAUAUUGAAGUAUUAUUUUUUUAAUUUAAGAAGAUUAAAUAUGUAUAUGUAUAUUUUUGUAAAUUUAGUUUUAUUUCGUAAAAUGGCUAGAGUUUUUAAAGAAAUAGUUAAAUUUAUACGAAUUUAUUUUAUAACAUAAAACAUUAAUAGUGAUAGAUUAUAAUAUUGAAAAGUCUAUAUUUAAGAGAUACAAGAUCACAGUAAAAAUAUGUGGAUAUGUAAAUAAAAAGUAUUCACAUGUCAAAGAAAUUUUAUUCUUUAUAAUUAUUGUAUGAAAAAUUGAAUAAUGUAUAUUUAUAUAUUUUUAUAUAAUCACAUUUUUUAAAAAUUAUAUUUUAUUAAUGUA